AUGACUAGAGAUCUUACAAAUCAUCCCAUCCAUUGGGAGGUGGUCCUCCUUCGCGACCUCCUGUCAUGCAACUUCGAAGCUCACCGGAACCUCGUGAAUUACCAGAAGAGCAAAGUGUGGUACCUGCGCGCCAACUCAUACCUCGGCAGCGCUUGCAAGAAAGGCAAAAAACACGUUGCAGAUUCAGAUUGCUCCAGUCCGCGAUUCGUGAGUGAGAUGUGUCGAUCGGCGAGCGUGCAUCUGAUUAAGGUCCUCCGCCUAAGCCUCCGCUGGGCUCGAGCGCUGCUGGAGGAUAAAAACCUUGAUUUCCAAAUCCUUUACCUGGCUCGUGAUCCUCGGGCUGUUUUAAGCUCACGAAAACAUGUGGGCUGGUGCAACACGCCGACCUGCAAAGACCCGAAUAUCACUUGCUCCCUCUUGGCUGGAGACUUGGCAGAGGUACCAGUUCUUCAGAGGGAAUUUCCACAGAGAUUCAAGUUCUUACACUACGACGAAAUCUGCCAGGACAUGACCACCAGCCUGACAGACAUAAUGGACUUCCUGGGCCUCACCGUGCAGCCAGAACAGACCAAGCUCCUGCAGGCCGAGAAGACCUCGAGGGACAAAUACUCAGUAUUCAAGAACAGCCUCCUCCAGGCCCAACUCUGGCGCAGCAGAACGUCCUUCCAGAGCAUCGUGCAGCCCGUCCAGAGGUCCUGCAAAUCCUCUCUGAAGAAGCUGGGUCUGAGGAUCUUCCAGACGGAGAAGGAAUUCCACGAUCUCGAUGUCCCGGCGCUUGAGAGGCCCUCGGUGCUGUAGGGCGCUCGUGUGCGCACGCGCGUGUGUAUGUGUGUGCGUGUCUGUG